AUGGUGGAGAUGGAGAUGGAGAUGGAGAUGGAGAUGGAGAUGGAGAUGGAGAUGGAGAUGGAGAUGGAGAUGGAGAUGGAGAUGGAGAUGGAGAUGGAGAUGGAGAUGGAGAUGGAGAUGGAGAUGGAGAUGGAGAUGGAGAUGGAGAUGGAGAUGGAGAUGAUGGAGAUGGAGAUGGAGAUGGAGAUGGAGAUGGAGAUGGAGAUGGAGAUGGAGAUGGAGAUGGAGAUGGAGAUGGAGAUGGAGAUGAUGGAGAUGGAGAUGGAGAUGGAGAUGGAGAUGGAGAUGGAGAUGGAGAUGGAGAUGGAGAUGGAGAUGGAGAUGGAGAUGGAGAUGGAGAUGGACAGCGCAAGAAUGAUGGGGUUUCUGUCAAGGGCUGGCCGGUUCCGCACACGCACACCAUGGGUAUCCCUGCUGGGCCAGUGUGAUGGAGGCUGUCACCAGUUGCGAGUCGCGAUUUGCCGCUCGUCAGAGCAACAAUGCAAUAGUGCCUCUUUUGGACUUGUCACCCCCCAGUGCAUCAAGGCCGCCUCGCAGCCCGCACCGAGACUGCAGUUCAUCGUGCAGAAAUGUAUCACUCCUCAGCUCUCCACGAUACUCGAGAACGUUCCAGGUCGCGGAAAACCGAUUUGCUGGAGACAAUGCAUCGAGACACGGUCUCGAAUCGUUCACGAUUGA